AUGGGGGAGUGGGAAAGGCUUAAGGUGACUAUUGGUGGUGGUGCACGUGUUCGCAUUUUCCUUCUUAACAAUGGAUGGAUCGUCUUUGUGGGCGAUGACGUGUAUCGAUUAACCGCAAAACCUUUCGAAGCGCGUCUUCUCUCUCAAGGAACUGACCGCACAUGGAAUACUGGCCGGAUCCAAGCUUGCCGGUAUGUGACAACCAAUGAUCUAUUUGCUGUUGGUGAGAGGGACAACAAAAUCGUUGUGAUUUCGAUGAUGGACUGGAAAAUUGUCAAAGAGAUAUACGACCUAGACGACAGUAGCAAGAAGUUUUUUUUUGCUGGAGACUGCUUGAUAUGCCUCGAGGCUAGCACCGGCAAUAUCGAAAUUACGCCACUCUCUGGCAAUGAAGCUUUUGUGACCAAAUCGUUCGUUCAGAGGCCUCCCUCGAAAUGCGCCGUUACUGACCGAUAUUUCAUAACUUGCGGCGAGGACGGAGUAAAAGUCCGAGACCCGAGAAACGGCUCGGUCAGAGUAAUACGAGCAAUAGACUUCAGCUAUGAUGGCCCACCCGGGGGGAACGGCUUCCUACAUUGCUCUCUUCCCGACGGAGGAUAUCAGUGGUGGGAUCUAGAGGGCAACAAUGUAGACGCAAUCGUCAACAUGAUUCCGCUGAUGAAUUAUUUUAUCUCCUUCUCUGAUGGAAGACAUUUGUACAGUGACGGGAGGCACAUUGUAUCCGUCAAAGACGGCAGCUGGAGACGCUUUGAAAUACCAGGAGCUCGACUAUCUUCGAGAAUAUAUCUGGUUGGCUGUAUGUUUGCAUUUCUCACGUCAGACAACAUUUUCCUUGUUCACAACACUUGCUUGUUCUAUUACAUUUGGAAGAGAACUUGUGAAGGGCCAGUGGUCGUGUCAACAAGCCAAGAAGCUAUUGCGGUAGCUUACACACACAUCAAAACAAUCGACUUCAUCUUCAGGCACGGUUCAGGAAACAACGUACAGUUGCCAUUAAUGACUUGCCGGCGAGCAGGCCCGUCCGACCAAAGGACAACAACACAACAAACCAGUUCAGAGGAUGAGGAAAAAUACUUGCCAAUUCAUGGCAGGGUGCUUAAAGUGCCGGGCCUUUUCAAUGCCAUGCCUUCUUCUAUGUGCAAGUCGUCGCCUUCGCCAUUCGUCACUGCCUCAUCCACGAAGGUAUGA